AAUGGAGGUGAUUCUUUCAAGAGGAGCGCCAACCCCAACCUGUGUCCGUCAGUCAGCUGGGCAGAGAUAAAAUAGCAGCAGCCGAGCUGUUCGACGAAAUGCCGCCAUGGCCGCAGUGCCUCCUCCAGCCCACCCUCACCACCGCUCGCCGCGCCACAGCCUUCUCUAGGACGACCUGUCUCUCUUCUAUCCCCGCCUCUCCGGCCUACGAGCAGGGGCAACACGAGGAGGAGCCGUCGUUGGUCGUGGUGGGGGGCGGCGCGGCGGGCGUGUACGCCUCCAUAAGGGCCAAGACCCUUGCUCCGCGCCUCAACGUCGCGGUCGUCGAGAAAGGAAGGUUCUUGUCCAAGGUCAAGAUCUCCGGCGGUGGCCGCUGCAACGUGACCAAUGGCCAUCAUAUUGAGCCCAUGGGCUUGGCGAGAAAUUACCCUAGGGGGGACAAGGAGCUCCGAGGAUCCUUCUUCACCACUCACGGUCCGCAGGAUACCAUGCGCUGGUUCACAGACCACGGUGUCGACCUUAAGACGGAGGACGAUGGCAGAGUCUUCCCUGUCACUGACAAUUCAGCUUCAGUUGUAGACUGUCUACUGAACGAAGCAAGACGGCUUGGGGGUACCUCUUGCUACUUAAUUACAUUUUCUGUUUCUCUGCAGGCCGGCAAAGCUGUGUCUAGUGCAUCUGUUGCUCAAGAUGGAAAGUUUGUUCUCAAGGUUGAGAAGCGUACCUCUGAUUUUGUUGACUAUAUCAAUGCUAACUAUGUCUUGGUUGCUACAGGUAGCAGCCAACAGGGUUAUUCAAUUGCUGCACAGCUUGGUCAUUCCAUUAUUGCACCAGUGCCCAGCUUGUUCACAUUUAAAAUCGCAGACAAGCGGCUGGCUGAUCUCGCUGGGGUUACAUUUCCCAUAGUCAAAGCAAAGCUGAAGCUGGAUGGUGUUCAGAAAAGUGUUCCCGAAUUAACUCAGACUGGGCCUAUGUUAGUUACACACUGGGGGCUUAGUGGGCCUGUUGUGCUGCGGUUGUCGGCAUGGGGAGCACGUGAACUACAUCAGUGCAACUACCAAGGAAAGCUUGUGGUUGAUUUUGUACCUGAUAUUCAUAUCGAGGACGUGAAGCGCAUCCUAUUCCAGUACAAAGAUCAGCAUGCGAAGCACAAAGUGAAUAACACGUUCCCCACGGAGUUUGGCCUGGUGAAGAGAUUUUGGAGAUUCCUGCUAGAACAGGAGAGUUUAAAUGGUGACACACACUGGGCCUCCAUGCCAAAUAAUCAUCUAAAUGCAAUAGCCCUUCGGUUGAAACAAUGGAUGUUUGAGAUUGUCGGAAAGGGCCAAUUUAAAGAUGAAUUUGUGACUGCAGGAGGUGUUCCAAUUUCAGAGGUAUCACUUGGCACUAUGGAAAGCAAGAAACAGCCAAAUCUGUUCUUUGCAGGAGAGGUUCUUAAUGUUGAUGGGGUCACAGGCGGAUUCAAUUUUCAGAAUGCAUGGACCGGUGGGUAUAUAGCUGGGACGAGCGUAGGCACACUGGCAUCGACUAGCAAUCUCUCAGAGCAGCAGUCAUGUUUGCAAUUGUAACUGGGAGUACCAGAGAAGGAAAUGGAUUGAGUGAUGAAAGAGACUCCUUAGAUUAUCUGGGAAUGAUUCAGGGAAACCAACAAUGUGCAAUCAAGAUAAGGAUAUUCCAAGAUGGCCAUGAUCAGGGAGCUACAUUUGCUACUGAAUUGUAACACUAACCUAAGAUGGGGUACAUAUAGCAUGAGUAGUUACAAUCUAGGUGUACAAAGUGCAAUCUGGAAUGAUAAUAGUUACGGUCUUGUUGAUCAAGUUGUGAAUUGCACUUGACCGAUCAGAAUGUGCAUCCAGCCAUGAUUCUUC